GGAACAUCACACUUUGUCCUGAACGCUGGCAUCCAGCAAAAUUUAGCUUUAAUCUUAAUCAAACACACCUGAUGAAGCUAAUCAAGGUCUUACUAGGUACACUUGAUGCUUCCAGGCAGGUGUGUUGAGGCAAGUUGGAGCUAAAUUCUGCAGGACACCGGCACUCAAAAGAUUAAGUUUCUUGACUUCUGGCAUAAGGUAUCAUAGAAGUUCUUGUUCAAAACUGAAUGAAAUUGUAAAUGCAUCACUGACAGGCUUAAAGGAAGUGGCUUGACAGAGCAACACUGUAUGAGUCUGGUGCCGUACCUGAGGCUGUUAGACACUCACCUGACUAAUCUCAAUCUGAGCUACAAUGGACUGGGACGCUCUGCACUGGCACAUCUCGCCCCAGCACUCUCAGAUCCUAAAUGCCAGAUUCAGAUCCUCAACCUGAGCCACAAUGACCUCCACAGCCAGGACAUGGAGCUGAUCAGAGAUGUACUUUCUGGAGGAAAUGUGAAUCUGAAGGUCCUGGACCUCAGCGAGAAUCAUCUAGAAGAUUCAGGAGUGCAAAUUCUCUCAGAUGGACUGCAGAGUGAUAAGUGCCAUCUUGAAGUUCUGAAAAUUUCAGGCUGUCAGAUCCGGAUGAAAGGAGUUUAUUCUCUGUUGUCAUCUCUGAAACAACAUCCACUAUAUCUGAGAGAGCUGGACCUGCGCUAUAAUCAUCUUGAAGACUCGGGGCUGGAGAAUCUAAGGGCUGAACUGUCUUCACUGAGAGUUUUCACUGGGGGGGUCUGCGGUCACCAACCAGGACUGCACAAAUAUACGGUGGCGCUCACCUUUGACCCUCAGACGGCUAAUGAUCAUCUCCUCCUGAGUGAGGACAACACUUUAGCCACUCGACAGAAGGAGAAACUGCAGCUCCCCCCUAAUGAGCAGAGAUUUAACGUAUGCAACCAGGUCCUUUCCCAUCAGCCCCUGACCGGACGCUGCUUCUUUACAGUGGAUGUGAUUGGGCCAGAUGUGCAUGUAGGCGUGGCCUGUAAGGGACUUGAGCGGAAGGGGCCAGGUUCUACAGUAUGUCUGGGACACAAUAAGAUGUCUUGGAGUUUGUGUUGCUCCAGAACUGAAUGUGUGGCUUAUCAUGACAAGAAGAGGGAAUCGGUCCAAACCACUGAGUCCAUCCGGAGGCUCGGUGUGUUUGUGGACCAGGAGGCCGGUUCUGUUUGCUUCUACAGGAUGAUCCCACAGGUUCAGCUCUUGUACAUGUUUGAUGCAGAUUUCCCGAAGGACCAAGAGCUUUACGCUGCGUUCAGGAUUCAGGAGCCAAACAGCUCAGUUGAUUUGAAUGAAAACUGCUCCAUGUUGGGUUGACUCUGAAAUAUUCUUCUGUUCAAUUCUCUUUUCCACUGUCCUGCUGAGUGUCGUCUGCACACACAGCCUCAUAUCACACCACUGCACAUCACGAUUCACACAGCUGCAGUCUGAUAGCAAAUGACAGAGCAACACUGUAUGAGUCUGGUGCUGUACCUGAGGCUGAUAAAGACUCACCUCACUGAUCUAAAUUAGCGAUGGGUCGUUCAUGAAUGAUUUGUUCAUUUUGAACGAAUCUUCAAUAUGACUCGGGAACUAUGAGUCCUCUCAGGGAGUGAUUCGUUCAUCC